ACCUAAAACUUUAAAGCAAAGAUGGAUCAAAUAUCGAAUAAAAUUAUUGAAGUUUCGGGUCACGGAAAAAAUAAAAAUCCAACCCGCUCCGCAACAUUGCCAACAGACAGAGAGCAAACCCAUUUUCCCACACUUCCAUUUUGUGGGAUAUAUAACCUAAAACGCAAAGAUUUUUUUUUUCUUAAUCUUUGUGUACUGAUUUUCUUGCUUCUAUGUUUUAACUAGUAUUUUUAAUUUAGCUUGAGUCUUCAAUUUUUGAUAAUCUUUGCACAAUAUUUUGGAUAGUAGCUAGCAAACUUGGUGCUGAGCAGCUUGUAUUUAUUUACAGGAAUUAUGGGUUUGUUCAAAGUCAGAACCUUCUGUUUUUAUCUACUUGUAGCCUUCAACAUCUGUAUUGCUGUCGAUCAACAUGUUGGUUCAAUAUAUCCAGGAUUCCAAGCAUCUCAGAUGCAAUGGGUAGAACAAGAUGGCAGGUUCCUCUUGUCCAAAAGUAAAUUAUUUGGUUUUGGCUUCUUUACUGCCCUGGAUGCUCGAAAGUUUGUCUUGGUUAUCAUUCAUCGUCAAACCGGCCAAGUUGUUUGGACUGCUAAUAGAGGAGGCUUGGUUGACAAUUCUGAUAAGUUUGUGUUUGACAAAAAUGGAAAUGUUUAUCUGGAAAGUGGAGAUAAGGUUGCUUGGGCCACAAACACAACCGGAGAAAGGGCCAAAUCCCUGGAAUUGCUGGACUCAGGUAACUUGGUACUUCAUGGGGAGAAUGGAAGGGCUCUUUGGCAGAGUUUUAGUUAUCCCACUGAUACCCUUUUAUCUGGCCAAGAGUUUGUUGAAGGAAUGACGCUUAAAAGUUAUCCCAGAAUGGAUAAGAGUGAUUAUCUUGAAUUUAAGUCUGGGGAUUUGGUCUUGUACACAGGGUUCCAGACUCCACAAACUUAUUGGUCCUUGCUAGACGAAAUCCGGAAAACCAGUAAAAAUUUCACCGGCAAGGUUUAUUCUGCCCGUUUAGUAUCCAACUCAUGGAACUUUUAUGAUCACAACAAAGGCUUGCUAUGGAAGUUAAACCUCUCUGAAAAUUCUGAUGUGAAUGUCACAUGGGCUGCCAAAUUAGGAUCAGAUGGAGCAAUUGCGUUCUAUAAUCUUCAUCAGGGAAGUAGAACAAUUGCUGAGGCAACAAAGAUACCAAAUCCCUGCAACAUUCCAGAGGCUUGUCCCCCAUUAAAUGUGUGCUAUUUUGACACUGUGUGUCAAUGCCCCAAACUUCUUGUUGCCCAAAACGACUGCAGACCACCAAUAAUCUCCAACUGCUAUUCAGCAGAUCUACUCUAUGUUGGUCAGAAGCUUGAUUAUUCUGUGCUUCAGUUUGUCAAACCCCAUAUGAACUCUGGUAUAGAUGCUUGCAAGAAAGCUUGCCUUGGAAACUGCUCUUGUUCUGCACUGUUCUUUGAAAACGGUACCGGGAAUUGCUUUUUGUUUGACAAAAUAGGAAGUCUGAAGCGUGCUGAGGUGGGUUCUAGUGGUUUCCUUUCGUAUGUGAAGGUCUCAAGGAAUGAAACUGGUUUGCAAAAUCAUGCUAAAGAAGGAAGCAAAAAUGAAACUAGGCACGUUAUAUUUGUUGUGAUAAUAGCGGUUGCAACAAUUCUGGCUAUUGCUGCUCUACUUUAUGUGGGAUUCUAUUACUACCGCAAACAGAAGAGAUUGCUGGAAUGUGCUCAAGAAAACUUGGAGGAGGAUAAUUUCCUGGACGGUUUUUCAGGGAUGCCUGUUCGUUAUACUUAUGGUGAACUUUCUAAGGCAACUGAAAACUUCUCUAAAAAGGUUGGCCAAGGAGGAUUUGGCUCAGUCUACCAAGGUGUGAUGCCAGAUGGCACCCAAUUGGCUGUUAAAAAAUUGGAGGGUGUAGGACAAGGAAAGAAGGAGUUCAAAGCUGAAGUCAGAAUUAUUGGAAGUAUCCAUCAUGUGCACCUGGUCAAGCUAAAAGGCUUCUGCUCUGAGGGUGUUCACAGGCUUCUUGUUUAUGAGUUCAUGGGCAAAAGAUCUCUAGAUAAAUGGAUAUUCAAGAACAAUGAAGAAAGUAACAUUUUGGAUUGGAAUACAAGAUUCAACAUUGCACUGGGUACAGCAAAGGGAUUGGCUUAUCUCCAUGAGGAAUGUGAAUUGAAGAUUGUGCACUGUGACAUAAAACCUGAAAAUGUUCUUCUUGAUGAUAAUUUUAAUGCCAAAAUAUCAGAUUUUGGCUUGGCUAAGCUUUUGAGCCGUGAAGAAAGCCUGGUACAUACAACACUAAGAGGUACAAGGGGAUAUCUUGCACCAGAAUGGAUUACCAACAAUCCUAUAUCAGAGAAGAGUGAUAUAUACAGCUAUGGUAUGGUGUUGCUUGAGAUCAUCGGGGGUAGGAAGAGUUAUGAUCCUGGGGAAAUUCCUGAGAAAGCUCAUUUACCUUCUUUUGCCUUCAAGAUGUUGGAAGAAGGAAAUCUGAAAGAAAUUAUAGAUCCUAAGCUAGAUAUUAAUGAAAAUGAUGAAAGGUUUGUCAGUGCUGUAAAAGUUGCACUAUGGUGCAUACAAGCAGAAAUGCGUUUAAGACCACCAAUGAGUAAAGUAGUUCGGAUGCUUGAAGGUCUCUGUGAUGUAACUCAGCCCCCAAUCUCUUCACUUCCAGGUGCUUGGGCUUACUCAGGUUUUUUUCAAGUGGAGCCUCUCCUUUUCUCUGAGCCAUUUGCUCACGAGUCCCAGAGUUGCUCAAAAUGAUUUAACCCCAAUUAGUUCAUUCCCGGACUUGGGUGCUCAGCUCAAGUAUGAUUAGAAAAUCUUAAAUCAGGCUCUGGCCUUGUGGCUUGUUUG